CCCCUCCCUCAAAAUCCCCCCCAAACUCCCUCCCUAUUUCCCCCCUCUCCCAAACCCCUGGAAUUCCGGGAUUUUUUUCCCCAAACCCCUGGAAUCCCUGGAAUUUUUUCCCCCCCAAUCCCAGGAUCGGGCACCACAGCACGAGCGACGACAGCUCGGCGUAUCGCUCGGUGGACGAGGUGAAUUACUGGGACAAGCAGGACCAUCCCAUCUCCCGCCUCCGCCACUACCUGGGCCACCGCGGCUGGUGGGACGAGCAGCAGGAGAAGGCCUGGAGGAAGAGCUCCCGAAAAAUGGUCCUGGAAGCCUUCGAGCAGGCGGAGAAGGAGCCCAAACCCUCCCCCCACCUCCUGUUUUCCGACGUUUACCUGGAGAUGCCGCCGCGGCUCCGCAGGCAGCGGGAGGAGCUGGAGCGGCACCUGGAGACCUACGGGGAGCAUUACCCCCUCCAGCACUUCCAGAAGUGAUUCCCAGAAAUUCCAGGGGGAUCGGGAUUCCCGGAGAUUCC